AUGGGAGUUGAUUUGACCAAAGGCAACAUGGCACUUCAAAGAGUUUGGGAAGCUGCUGAGAAGGCUAAGUGUGAACUCUUCUCAUCUGUGCAGACUGACAUCAAUUUGCCAUAUCUUACAAUGGAUGCAUCUGGACCUAAGCAUUUGAAUAUGAAGCUGACCCGGGCUCAGUUUGAGGGGAUUGUCGCUGAGCUAAUCAGGAGGACCAUCGCACCAUGCCAAAAAGCCAUGCAAGAUGCAGAAAUCAGCAAGAGUGACAUAGGAGAAGUGAUUCUUGUUGGUGGCAUGACUAGAAUGCCCAAGGUUCAGCAGACUAUGCAGUAUCUCUUUGGCCUAACCCCAAGUAAAGCUGUCAAUCCUGACGAGGCUGUGGCCAUUGGAGCUGCCAUUCAGGGAGGUGUGUUGGCUGGUGAUGUCACAGAUGUGCUGCUCCUGGAUGUCACUCCCCUUUCUUUGGGUAUUGAGACUUUGGGAGGUGUAUUUACCAAGCUUAUUAACAGGAACACCACUAUUCCAACCAAGAAAAGUCAGGUGUUUUCUAGAGCUGCUGAUGGUCAGACUCAAGUGGAAAUUAAAGUGUGCCAGGAUGAGAGAGAGAUGGCUGGAGACAACCAACUUCUUGGACAGUUUACUUUGAUUGGAAUUCCCCAAGCCCUACGAGGAGUCCCUCAGAUAGAGGUUACAUUUGACAUUGAUGCCAAUGGGAUUGUACAUGUUUCUGCCAAAGAUAAGGGUACAGAACGUGAGCAGCAGAUUGUGAUCCAGUCUUCUGGUGGGCUAAACAAAAAUGAUAUUGAAAAUAUGGUUAAAAACGCAGAGAAGUAUGCUGAGGAAGACAAGAGAAAGAAGGAACGAAUUGAAGCAGUUAAUAUGGCUGAAGGAAUCACCCAUGAUACAGAAAGCAAGAUGGAGGAAUUCAAGGACCAAUUGCCUGCUGAUGAGUGCAACAAACUAAAAGAGGAGAUUUCCAAAAUGAGAGAGCUCCUGGCUCGAAAAGAUAGUGAAACUGAAGAAAACAUAAGGCAGGCAGCAUCUUCCGUUCAGCAAGCGUCCUUGAAGCUCUUUGAAAUGGCAUACAAAAAGAUGGCCUCUGAGCGAGAAGGCUCUGGAAGUUCUAGUGCUAGGGAACAAAAGGAAGAUCAAAAAGAGGAGAAACAGUAA